GCGGGCAAAACACUUAAACGGCGUCUUAUUAUUAUAUGAAUUACUAGAGAUGACGCGUUCUCCUUUAUUACGUCACUCAGAAAGUCUUUAAGACCCACAGGCAGAGACAGAUUUGUCAUUUCUCUUCACAGCACAACCGAUUCAACAUAUAACAGCGACCAACAGAUAUCCAGAGCAAAUGGCGAAAACUCAACGAUCUCGAUUAGGAAAAGUGUUUUAUGAAUUAUUUUGUUUGCCUGUUAUUCUCGACUGCCAUUGCGAGGAGUGUGAACCGAGAGGAUCUCCUGAGCUCGACAUCUUGAGCGUUUUAACUGAAUCUGAAGUGUUUGUCACAGCACAAACAAGCCUGAUCUCACUAAUGGAAGAUAACAAACAAGACAACGUGGAGAUUGUUCCCCGUAAAAAGGGAAAGUGGAAAAAGAGGCUAAAAGUGGUCAAAGAUUUCUUUUGUGAGCCAGUUAUCCUCGACUGCUCAUGUGAGGAGUGUAAGCUAAAAGAAUCUUCUGAGAUCAAGUCCAAGAUUAUUGAUGAAGAAUCUGAGGUGUACGUCACAGCACAGACAAGCUUGAUCUCACUUGUUGAAGAUAACACACAAGACACCGUGGAGAUUGUUCCCCGUAAAAAGGGAAAGUGGAAAAAGAGGCUAAAAGUGGUCAAAGAUUUCUUUUGUGAGCCAGUUAUCCUCGACUGCUCAUGUGAGGAGUGUAAGCUAAAAGAAUCUUCUGAGAUCAAGUCCAAGAUUAUUGAUGAAGAAUCUGAGGUGUACGUCACAGCUCAAACAAGCUUGACGUCCCUUGUGGAAGAUGACAACGAGGAGAUUGUUCCCCGUAAAAAGGGAAAGUGGAAAAAGAGGCUAAAAGUGGUCAAAGAUUUCUUUUGUGAGCCAGUUAUCCUCGACUGCUCAUGUGAGGAGUGUAAGCUAAAAGAAUCUUCUGAGAUCAAGUCCAAGAUUAUUGAUGAAGAAUCUGAGGUGUACGUCACAGCACAGACAAGCUUGAUCUCACUUGUUGAAGAUAACACACAAGACACCGUGGAGAUUGUUCCCCGUAAAAAGGGAAAGUGGAAAAAGAGGCUAAAAGUGGUCAAAGAUUUCUUUUGUGAGCCAGUUAUCCUCGACUGCUCAUGUGAGGAGUGUAAGCUAAAAGAAUCUUCUGAGAUCAAGUCCAAGAUUAAUGAUGAAGAAUCCGAGGUGUACGUCACAGCUCAAACAAGCUUGACGUCCCUUGUGGAAGAUGACAACCAGGAGGUUUUCUUCGACUGCUUAAGCGAGUUGUGUAGUCCUGAAGCAUCUCCUGAGCUCGACUCCCAGAGCAUUGAUGAAGAAUCCGAGGUGUACGUCACAGCACAGACAAGCUUGAUCACACUUGUGGAAGUCAAUGCCACACAAGACAACGUGGAGAUUGUUCCCCGUAAAAAGGGAAAGUGGAAAAAGAGGCUAAAAGUGGUCAAAGAUUUCUUUUGUGAGCCAGUUAUCCUCGACUGCUCAUGUGAGGAGUGUAAGCUAAAAGAAUCUUCUGAGAUCAAGUCCAAGAUUAUUGAUGAAGAAUCUGAGGUGUACGUCACAGCGCAAACCAGCUUGACGUCACUUGUUGAAGAUAACACACAAGACACCGAGGAGUGACGCAGAGGAGCGGACUUCUCCCUUCUGAUGGCGGAUCCCCCUCGGUGAGUGGACUCUUCCUCAGUGGCGGAUUUCUCCUCCGAAGCGCAGACUUCCCCUGGGCGUCUCGGCAGCGAGCUAUAGAUUUAGAAAAGCAGGUCUUUUUCAGGACCAAUAUUCUCACAGUUUCCACUCUCAUCCAGGAGGGAGGACGGACACAAUGGCUACCCCGGGUGUUGGGCUUCCGGCAUCUGGGGCGGCCGUUGUGGAUCAGUUCUGUCUGCACUGCGGGCGGUGUAUGAUUCAGACGUUGCGUCACGGGCGGCUGUGAUCCCACGGGACUCAGCCGCCAACUCGCUGCUUCCCGUUUCGUGACGGCAUUGGCUACGGCCCUGCCGUCUGCGGCGGGGAGGGGCGAGGGUGAUGUUGGCAUGUGAACGUCUUUCGUCAGCCACUGGCUGGCGGAUCGUUCGCACCUCGCCUCGUCUGACCGUUCCCCAAGAGACGGUCCCACCGUCUUGUUCCUACACCACGCGCCGGAAACGGUGUGUGGUGAUGAUGAGAUGUUGCAAGCUGUGUUCUUGGGUAUGACAGACCCAUCUUCGAGUCUGACGGGCACCAGGUGUGGCGGUCACAGCGGCUACGUUCUCCGGAAUGUUGCCGCAACCCCAUCUGUUCCCUGUGCGUGACCGCCGCCACGGCGAGGUUGAACGCUUCAGCGAACGUCGGGGGUGAUCGGGGAUUCCCGUGUUUGUUAUUCCGCCAGCUUCGGCUCGCGGGUCAUUCAUGCCCCGACACGCUCACCUGGCUCGUCCCCGAUGGGCGGUGGUGACCGUCCCAUAUCGGACAAGACUCGACAACGUGCUCUGUCAUAACAUCUGAUAGCUACCUCCGGUCAUCAGAUGCGAAGCCCCUUGGAGCUCCCGCCUUCGGGAGGUCGAGCUCAAGAGGAGGCAUCGCAGAGAUGACGGCCGUGCUUCCCCGGGCCGGAGAUGCACGUUGAGCUCACUAGACGUGGAGUAUGCCGUUCGCGGCUUGCUCCUGUCUGAUGCGAAGCCCCUUAGAGCUCCUGCCUCUGGGCGGUCGAGCUCAGGAGGCAACGCAAAAGUGAGGGCCGUGCUUCCCCGGACUUCCCCGGAGAUCCACGUGGAGCUCAUUAGACGUCGGGUAUGCCGUCCGCGGCGUGCUCCUGUCUGAAGAGCUCAGGGAGCUAUUACUUUCCUGGACAGUGAGGUAGCUAAGGGCAAUGUUGACCACCCAGGUGGUCUAGCAGCCAUGGUGCUCCACGGAUGCUGCCACUUGGAGGAGUCGACAAAGUCUCCCAAGCUGCCUUCACCCUCCACGCUAUGGCGGUCAAUAGGGUCCAAAUGUUUUGGGGACCCAUUGGGUCAUAUGCCAGAGCGUUUGGAUCUGGUUGAUGGGAAGGUCAACCCGGCUGUGCACCGCCACAGGCCUCGCGCGACAAAGGUCAGGGUGUGUGCCCUGGGUUGGACGAUGUCCACGAUAGUGGUCCAAGGAUCUGUAGCUCAACCUUGCACGAUGAAGCUCGGAAGGUCGGCCUUCUUGGACACCGCGCAGGCUGCUCUGGAUGGUGACACUGUGGAGAUAUUCUAUGGUGAAGAAGCCUACUGUUCCGUGACCCGAUCAUCUAUGGAUGCUGAGGUCCUGCGCACAGCCUGCCCUCCAUCAGCCCCGCCACCCCGCGGUGGCCCCUCUGAUUCUGGGCCCUCCAAGGAUGGCCCGUCAGCGAUGUGGAGCCACGCAGGAGGAGGCCUCUACCCUGUUGGGUAACUGGCGAGGGUGAUGUGGGCAUGUGAACGUCUUUCGUCAGCCACUGGCUGGCGGAUCGUUCGCACCUCGCCUCGUCUGACCGUUCCCCAAGAGACGGUCCCACCGUCUUGUUCCUACACCACGCGCCGGAAACGACGCCUAUACUGCACGUAUGGUUUGUCCUCAGGUGUGGCGGUCACAGCGGCUACGUUCUCCGGAAUGUUGCCGCAACCCCGUCUGUUCCCUGUGCGUGACCGCCGCCAUGGCGAGGUUGAACGCUUCAGUUCGGCUCGCGGGUCAUUCAUGCCCGACACGCUCACCUGGCUCGUCCCCGAUGGGCGGUGGUGACCGUCCCAUAUCGGACAAGACUCGACAACGUGCUCUGUCAUAACGUCUGAUAGCUACCUCCGGUCAUCAGAUGCGAAGCCCCUUGGAGCUCCCUCCUUCGGGAGGUCGAGCUCAAGAGGAGGCAUCGCUGAGAUGACGGCCGUGCUUCCCCGGGCCGGAGAUGCACGUUGAGCUCACUAGACGUGGAGUAUGCCGUUCGCGGCUUGUUCCUGUCUGAUGCGAAGCCCCUUAGAGCUCCUGCCUCUGGGCGGUCGAGCUCAGGAGGUAACGCAAAAGUGAGGGCCGUGCUUCCCCGGACUUCCCCGGAGAUCCACGUGGAGCUCAUUAGACGUCGGGUAUGCCGUCCGCGGCGUGCCCCUGUCUGAAGGGCUCAGGGAGCUAUUACUUUCCUGGACAGUGAGGUAGCUAAGGGCAAUGUUGAGGUGGUCUAGCGGCCCUGGUGCUCCACGGAUGCUGCCACUUGGAGGAGUCGACAAAGUCUCCCAAGCUGCUUUCACCCUCCACGCUAUGGCGGUCAAUAGGGUCCAUAACGUUUUGGGGACCCAUUGGGUCAUAUGCCAGAGCGUUUGGAUCUGGUUGAUGGGAAGGUCGACCCGGCUGUGCACCGCCACAGGCCUCGCGCCUCGAGCGACGAAGGUCAGGGUGUGUGCCCUGGGUUGGACGAUGUCCACGAUAGUGGUCCAAGGAUCUGUAGCUCAACCUUGCACGAUGAAGCUCGGAAGGUCGGCCUUCUUGGACACCGCGCAGGCUGGGCUGGAUGGUGACACUGUGGAGAUAUUCUAUGGUGAAGAAGCAGACUGUUCCGUGACCCGAUCAUCUAUGGAUGCUGAGGUCCUGCGCACAGCCUGCCCUCCAUCAGCCCCGCCUCCCCGCGGUGGCCCCACUGAUACUGGGCCCUCCAAGGAUGGCCCGUCACGCAGGAGGAGGCCUCUACCCUGUUGGGUAACCGCCUCAGAGGGGCCCUGACAGGAGAGCCGUGGCGAUGGAGAGUACACACUCUCUCCGGGCUUCCCCCAGUGAUAUCGCUGCCUUCCGCAAUCUCCUCGUGACGUUGCGUCGGCCGGCGGUAACACUAAGCAGGUAAGUAGGCAGAGCAGUCAAACCUCUCCGGGGUCCCACCCUGUGUAAGGUGACCGCUCUGUCAGCCACUAACCAGCCUCCCUGGCACGGUGAAGCAGAUCAUCCUCCAGUUUCGCAACACGGCACCUGCCGUUACGCACGAUCCAUUUCGCUCAUCACAAUCGCCUGGAGGGUAAGUUUCUUGGUUAACAUAACCUCGUCACCAGGUUCUCAGGAGCGCGACUCCGGCCGCGCUCCGUACCCUCUUAGGACCGUAGAUCCUACAUGGCCUUUGGGCAUGUGAGCCCCUCGGAGACGCCUCUCGUCCUUAUUACGAUGAAGGCCGCUCUUGAUGGCGCUUGCCUCUGCAAGAGGGUAGGGACCUCCAGUAUUCUUCGUGUCCCAUGGGUGCCUGGAAAUUGGGCGGUAGUCUUCUGAGAUACCGGCCUGGUUACGUGCCCAAGGUUCCCACACUCCCUUCCGGGUCCAGGUGGUGAACCUGCAGGCGCUCCCCUCGGGAGAGAAGACCCAACCUCCUACGUGUUGUGUCCAGCGCACUGCGCCUCUACUUGGACCGCACACAGAGCAUUAGCUCUGAGCAGCUCUUGUCUGUUCAGAAGCUGGACCAGGGGAGGGCUGUCUCAGACAGAGGCUUGCGGAUUGGAUUGUGGGCGAACAGUAUUAGCUUGUUGUGUUUUUUGUUGUUGACUAGUUUUGUUUCCAGACUUGCUCAUAUCUAGUUUAAGUGCUAAAGACAAUCUUCUCUGUUAAGGUCUCUCUAUAGUAAAUAAUAUUUGUUUUUUCACAACCCUAUUAGUUAUUUUGAUGUGUGCGUGAGCGUCCUCUACAGUAAUAUCAUCUUCUUUUGUUUCCAUGUUUUAUCUCCGGGUUUCCGGCGACGCCUGAGAUUGACAGAUCCAGCUCCGGUUCGGCCUGAGGAUGUCCCCCUGAUGACCUUUCUCUGUUUUUUCUCUAUCUUCUCUUUUCUCUCAAACUUAGCUACUAAUAUUAUUGCAAAUAGCUGGUUCGCUUAAUAGAUGAUAGAUAAAUGGGCUAAACAUGUAAUAGUAGCAGUCAAUUAUCUUAUUAUUCUAUAUAAUAUGAUGCAAUUCUCAAAGCAUUGUAGCAAGUGAGAGCCUUCAGGUUGACACGGUCGAUCUAAUACGCUCGUCUACAUCUCAUUCAAUUUUGAUACAAUAAUUUAAUAACACUUUGAAUAUAAUGGUCUGAUUACUAGUUAUUUAUCCACCCAAUGAUUAAUUUUAAGAAAAUUCAGGAUAACAGUCCAACACCGCGGUAUAAUGAGCACACGCACGCUCUUAAGAGAGCAGCCCGGAAAAUGGAGCGUAACUUUAAAAAAACAAAAUUAGUGGUUUUUCGCAGAGCAUGGAAGAAUAAAAUUUGAACUUACAGGAAAGCCCUAAAAACAUCUCGAUCAGCCUUCGUUUCAUCAAUAGUAAAAAAAAAUCAGCAAAAUCGACACAAAAAUGAACCAUCAGCGUCAUUAGAUGUUUUGACAUCAGCAUAGUAUUAUUAUAUUAUAUUGCAAUAAGCUAUUAGACUUUUAGAUAUAAAGUAUAAAGAUAUAGAUCAUAUUAAAUCUAUCAUCUAGAUUUAGCUUGUAGAGAUGCAGCAGUAGUGCCAGAGGAGAACUGGUUCCCCUGGCUGGGUCUGGGUUCUCCCGAGGUUUUUUUCUCCACUGGAGUUUUGGGUUCCUCGCCACUGUUUGCACACUUGCUGCACUUGUUUUGCCCGCCGGGGGGCUGCUGACAUCAGCUUUAGAAUUUUGUUCCUAUCAAAUGUUGCAUGUUGCUCUCCUUAGUCUGAUAUGAUGCUCUGCAGAAAGAACAGUUUUUCGUGUAACAGCUGCGACAUUAAUGAUCCACAAGAAAGACAACGUAGCUCAGAAUGAUAAAAAAGCGUUGUGUUCUGCAACACACAGAGAAGCAGAAGAAAAAAAGAAUGAAACUCAAUAAAACGGUCUGCUAAGACAACAGAAUGCAUAACAUCUGCACUGAUUUCUUUCUCAUCCAGACACAACCUCUACCUCCACUAGAAUAGUCUUUGUGCCAUUAACCAGGGUCAGUCAUCUCAUUGAAGCCUUAAUAAAAACUAAUGUUCAGGACAAGUAAACUGUCCAUGCUGCAAAUGCCUUAAAAUAAUCAAACAAUCUAUUUUAAUAAUAAAAAUAAUAGACAGAAACGUAUGUUUGUCCAACAAUAACAUGUAUAAUAGUGCUAAUGUAAUGUCUGAACAUAAUAUACCUGUGACAAUAAGAGUUGUUUCUAUUUAAAUAGCUCUGUUCACACAUUUAGUAUAUAUAUUUUUAUAUUAAAAACGUUGAAGACCCCUGGUUUAAUGUAUCGGUUAUAGUUAAAAUGUUUUCAUGUAAAGCUGCUUCAUGAAAAUUAUAAAAAGCACUAUUUAAAUAAAAGUUGAGUUCAGUUAAGUUGAGUGAGUACUAGACACAAUUUUAUUUUUAUGUUUUUACUUAAGUUCAUGUGUCAAAUCUCUUGUGUAAAUAAACUUAUUUUUUAACUAUA